UUAUAUAAAAAAGAAGAUUUGAUAGUGAUGACAGACCAAGUUGAUACUCUUAUAUUGGAGCAUAUUGCAAGUUUUGGAAGUGCUGAUACAUUUGAAUUAUCUAAGGAGCAUAAAAGUGAUCACCAACUUUUUGUUGGUGCUGUUAAAAGACUACAAUCUCUUGGAAAUGUUGUACAAGCAACAUUACAGCAGUCAGAAAAAUGGGUACUAACCUCCGAAGGGUUGCACAUGGCAGAGGUUGGUAGUUAUGAAGCUACUGUGUUUAGAGAGGUUCCUGAAGAUGGGCUUUUGCAAUCCGAUUUACAAAAACUUUCUUUGGGAAAAAAUUCUAAUAUUGGGUUCAGCAAAGCUAUGUCCGAAGGUUGGCUGACUGUUGAUAAACUAUGUGAAGGUGGACCACGAAUUCGUAGAAAAGUUGACACAAUAGUUGAUAAUGUGCAAGAAAUGCUUAAAAAAAUACAACUUGGCGAUAAUGUUGAUGAAUCAAAAAUUAACGAUCUUAAAAAAAGAAAACUUGUAACAAAAGAGGUUCUUAAAAGUUAUAUUGUUACAAAAGGCGAUGACUUUUCAUUAACUGUUCAAAAAGCUGAUGCUGAUUUAACAACAGACAUGUUAACAAGCGGUUCUUGGAAAACAAAAAAGUUCAAAGAAUAUAAUUUUGAUGCUCUUGGUGUUCCUCCAGUUUGCGGUCACUUGCACCCACUUAUGAAAGUUAGAACACAAUAUAGACAGAUCUUUUUAGAGAUGGGUUUUACUGAGAUGCCCACAAAUAACUUUGUUGAAAGUUCUUUUUGGAAUUUUGAUGCUCUUUUUCAGCCCCAACAACAUCCUGCAAGAGAUUCUCACGAUACUUUUUUUCUCUCAAAGCCACAAUAUGCAAGAUUGGACGAAUUUCCAAAAGACUAUUUAGAAAAAGUUAAAAGUGUUCAUGAAAUAGGUGGAUUUGGAUCUCAAGGGUAUCAAAUGAAAUGGCAACUUGAUGAAAGUAAAAAAAAUAUUUUAAGAACACACACAACAGCUGUUAGUACAAGAAUGCUCUACAAACUUGCUCAGCAGAAAAAAUUUCGACCUGCAAAAUAUUUUUCGAUCGAUCGUGUUUUCCGCAAUGAAUCUCUUGAUGCAACACAUCUUGCAGAGUUUCAUCAGAUUGAAGGGUUAAUUGCUGACCGUGAUUUAAGUCUUGGUCAUCUUAUAGGAAUACUAUACGAAUUCUUCAAAAAGUUAGGAGUUGAGAAGCUACGAUUUAAACCCGCUUAUAAUCCUUAUACAGAACCAAGCAUGGAAAUUUUCAGCUAUCAUGAAGGACUAAAAAAAUGGGUUGAAAUUGGCAAUUCUGGUUUGUUCCGUCCUGAAAUGUUACUUCCUAUGGGUCUACCACAAAAUGUGUCUGUUAUUGCUUGGGGAGUGUCUCUAGAAAGGCCAACUAUGAUCAAAUAUGGAAUAAAAAAUAUACGAGAUUUGAUUGGUCAUAAAUUAAACUUAGAUGUAGUGCAUUCAAAUCCAAUAUGUAGAUUAGAAAAGAAAUAGGUGUAAAUAA